ACACAGAGAGAGGUAAUGUGCUGAUUCAGUCUUAUUCUUUGCAUGGCAAAAAUAAAUAUGUAUUUUUUAAGUGCUUGGGAAAAAAAUGGGCAAAUCUGGACACAACUUGAAAUGCUUUAACAAAACGAGUAUCUCCUUGUUCCUUGGUAGAAACAAUUGUUACUUUGUUUGUUACAAUGAAUCUCCAUAAUGACUUAGGUAAAAAGUAUGUAAUUACUCUGUUACCAUGUGGUUUUUAAAAUAGAUUCCAGACAAUUAGGGUAAAAUAAAACACUACUAGGACUUUGAAAUCUUCUCUCCAUGCAUUAAAUUACAGUUGGGAAAAAAUGGGCUAAGAAGGGUGUAACAAUUUAUAAACGUGCCAUGAAAAGAUCAUGUCAGAUGUUAGGAAUGCCUCUGUAUUCACAGCUGGCAAUGGGAUGAAUUGUUAUGGUCAUAGUAAAGAACAAGAAGGCCUGCACUCUGUUGAAGCUCCCUAUUCACCACUUUAUUGACAACGCUACGAUCCAAAACGGAUCAUCAUCAAGUCAAACUGAGUGCUCACUUUUUUUUUAAAUACACAUUUCCUCUCACAUGAUCACUACGCAUGACACAUGGUGGGCGUGGAAACAAUUCAAUUUUGUGCACAAUCAAUCAUAAUUAAUCACAGAGGUAUAUAUUGUCAUAUGUAUACUCUUUCUGUGCUCCAGAGCUGUGGACACAGACAAGGAGACCAUAGAAAGAGGUAAAAGAGGACACACCCUGGUGUUGUGGUUGAUUAAUUGAGGCAGUGGAGGCAGCAUGUGGGUCCUCAUCUGGGCAACUCUACUCUUCUCUCUGGCAGAGAGAGCAACAUGUCAAAGACAGGCCCCUACUGCAGCAGCUCCAUCAGCUGCAAAGACAAACAGCAUCAUCUUCAGUCCAGAAGAAAUAACAGCACAGACUGGCCUAUGUGCUGUUAUUUCAUGUACUUUCAAUCCCUCUGAUAGCGUCAAGCAGAAUGCAGCAGUAUGGUACAAAUACCCUGCAAAUGGCAAAAAAAAGGAUCAUCAUAUAAUUUUCCACUCCAAAAAUCCCUCUAAAACUCAGGAGGGUUAUAACCACAGAGUGUAUCUACUGGAGACAGACCUGACAAAGGGGAACUGUAGCGUGAUCAUCAAUGACAUCAGAGAGAAUGAUGCUGGACAGUAUCAAUUCAAAAUGAAAGGAAGACCAUUUAUAGACCCACAGAAACUCACAGUAACAGCUCUGACCCAUAAGCCCUCAGUGUUGACUCCUCCUCUGACAGAGGGAGAACCAGCGACCCUGACCUGCACCGCCCCGGGGAUCUGCUCUGGAACUCCUCCUAACAUCACAUGGACAUGGAGAGGGACAGGAGACAACAUCACUGAGCUCAGAGACAACACCACUACACAAAGGAGAGUGGAUCUGACCGCCUUCACAACAACCCACUUCUCAACUUUGACCUUUACCCCCUCAGCUAAGCAUGACGGCACCAAGGUCACGUGUCUGGUGACCUUCAAUGGAAGCGUCACCACCAAGAAGACACUGAAAUUGAAUGUGACACAGGAAGUAUCUAAAGACAUCUUGGCUGUGCUGUUGAACCCACCACUGAUUACUGCAUUUGUGAUUGGUGCAGCCUGCUCAGCCACCAUCGGUUGUAUCUUCCUGUGUUUCACAGGGAAAUAUAAAAAGUACAUGCAUCCUAUUACUGUCGAACAGAUACUAUUCACUGAACGCAAAGAGAGGACCCCAAAGAACUUAGACUCCAAAAGCCCUUUCACGAACCUGGAAAUGGUGGCAUGUGAAGACCAACAGAGAGAUGCAGGACAGGCAGUGAUGGGCGAACAGACACAUCUGCAGGUGGAGCUGAGGGAGGGAACUGAAAACGGAGGGCUCCAGACCAGUGGAGCUGCGGGACACUCUGCCCCAGGGGAAGAACCAAAAGAGGUGGACUACGCCAGUAUCAACUACUCCCUACUGAAGAAGAAGACACCUGAGGAGGCAGAGAAGAAGACCACUACCACAGAGUCAGACUACGUCGAAAUCAAACGAGAGAAGAAGAAUGAGGGGGGAAAAGAUGGUGGAGAGGGGAGUGGUGUGAUGGAAGAGGUGGAAGGGGAGGAGAUGAUAGGGAAGGAUGUGGAGAAAGAGAACGGUAAGCCAGUACAAGAGACAGAUGAAGAUACAGCGCUUUACUCCAACGUCAAGGCUAUUAUUGGUGGAGAGUGACACAGCAAUUUUGUCUAGAAACAUGGGAGAUAGCACACAGUACUAUGGCUUCUAUUAUACAGCACUGCUGUGUUUUCUCAUAUUCCAGACUGAAUGUUUUGUGAUGAUACAGAGACUUUGUUUAACUGAAUCUACUGUAGGUAAUAGCCGAAGCAAGUAUUUUUGGGUAGGUUAUAAUUUUUUUUUAAGGAAGUUAAUGUAAUGUUAAUUUUGUAAUGAUUCUGUCUUGUGUCACCAUGGGGAAGGACUGACAAAGACAUGGUUUGGAGAAGUAGAGGUUUUCUCCUCUGUCCUUUCAUGUUUUGGCAUUUUGAUUUAACCCUAAACCUAUUUAUUGAGGCACUACCUUACUUUUGAUGGUUGUGUGUAUUUAUAAAUGGGAAAGGAAGUAACCCGCACACUGCUCUUGAUAGUACCACUGAUCUUUAAUACACUUUUGUGAGUUUUUUAAAAUAGCACCCUUAUGUAGACCUAGCCCCACCCACAUCCGUUCCACGCAUCGAAUGGGGUUGGAGGCGAGGUGAAAAACAAAUCACUGCUACCAAAUAUAACAAUUUGCAUUUCAUAAAUAUUCGAAUAAAGUGUGUACAUAAAACGUAUUAAACACGUCUGUAAAACCACAAUGAGGACAUCAACCUACCAAGCAAGUCUUCAUAAAUCCUUGGGUACAGUGUAAGAAAAACAUCAGAGUAAUCUGAAAUAGGGGCAUAAUUCAUUUUCAAAUGUACAACAUCAAAUACAUAGGCAUUUCAAAUGUAAGAACUUAAGGAAAUAGUGUAUGGAGGGUGAAAAUCCAAAAACAUUCUCUUUUGCUCAGAGUAUUAUUCAUCUCACCUCCCCUGUCUGAUAUCUUAACCUUCUCUAUGCCACAAAAUCUAAAGGCAGAAAUGUCAUGUUUAGGUCAUUAGAAUGUACUGCGACUGUAUAAUCCCUGUCGUUUCUCCUAAUUGAAUUUGUAUGUUCACUGAUUCUCUGUUUGAGAGAACGAUAGGGUUUUACCGAAAUAGCACAGCCCACAUGGACAUUUAAUAAUGUUGAUAACAUGAGUGGUGGCAACACAAUCUCACAUUCAAUUCGUGCAUUUGUGUACAUACUGCAUUUCAGCAAAUUUUGUGCGUGUUUGUGUUGCUUAAUUCGUGAGAAAAGACACGAAUUUGUGUGCUACUUAUUUCGUUCGAAAAUACUAAUUUAACCACUAGGCUCCACACAAGCCUUUGCAACAACCAUUGACACGAUAGCCUAUAUUUAAUUGUUGUUCUUCUUUAUGGCUAAUUCGUCGUUAUGAAUAUACAAAAAUGUUGUCUUCAUUUAAUCCUGUUUUAAAAUGUAUAGUUGUAUGCCUAUAUGUACUGUUUUAGACUUGCUUAACAGAAUUUGUGAGAAAAUAUACACAUUUACGUGCGACUUAA